CAGAGCGAUAGACGCUUUAUUGUCGUUAUAAUACAGUGUAUUAACGUGAUAAAUACAAAAAUACUACACCCACGCGUCGAUAAGGUCAACAUUGAUAGUUCCCGACCUCCGUCCAAUGACAUCGUCACAUUGAUGUUAGCGACGGAACGGAAUACUCAAAAUUCAUAAUAAAUGUUUAAAACCGCUAUAUUAUUUGCUGUCACAGUUGUGACAUGCCAUGGAAAUGGCCUCACGCGACAGAUCUCAUGUGGAUUAAUUCCAAAAAACCUCCUGAGGUGCAUUGGCGAUCCGCAGAUAGUGGACAGAAUUCUUACUACGGAAUGCAGCAACAAAGACAAUGAAUGCGAUACGACCGUCUGUGUGUUCAGAAAUCAAGGCUGGCUUGAGGGUAACGCCACCGAUGGCAGUUUUAAAGUAGACAAGAAGAAAGUCUCAGAUUACUUCGACAAGUACGCGAAGGAUCACGAGGUGUGGUCAGCUGCGGUCCAAGCAUUGAAGACUGACUGCCUCGGGCAAGAUCUUCAGACCCAAGGACCGUAUUUAAACUGCGCGGCCUAUGAUGUCCUGCAUUGCAUUUGGAAAAACUUUGUUUGGAACACACCCGCUUCCCAGUGGUCGAGCAACUCCGAGUGCAUCACCACCAAACAGGUAGUGGAGGCGUGCCCUCUCUGUCCGAACAACUGUUUUGCCACCGCGAUCCCCAUCGGUUCCUGCAACGCAUGUUAUUUGCAACCCAAACGAAAAUCUUAACUCUCCGAAUAGGUUUUCUCGAGUUUUAAAGAAUAUUUUUGUUGGAUGUUGGAUUGUUUUCAUAAUAAAAAAAGCUUCGAUUCUGAGAAUAGAUAUAAUAAAUUCUGAUAUUGUUAAUUAAAUUAAUUUGUUUGGAGUAUUGUAAUUUUUUUUUCUGUUGUAUAUUUUGGUCAAUAAACGAUAUCAAUCAACCA